AUGUUAUACUCACUCAGCUACGAGGGGCUACAGACCGAGGAGCUGCCAGCCAAGGGCCCUUGCUGCGGGCCUUCCCUGGAUGGUACCUACUCUAACGUAUGUGGGCCAUCCAAUUCUCCAUCGCCGUCUCUCUCUUCUUCUUCUUCGGCACUCACUUCCGUUGCACAGGACGCAGGUGCAUCAGAAACUGGCCUGUUAGCAUCCUACAUUAAUGGCGCAGAUUUGGGUGGAUACACUUCAAACAAUCUUGCUUAUUAA